GAGUACUUUUAUAUACAUAAAUGUAUUAAUUUAACAUAUAUGUCCACUCUCCAUCACUAGUAAAAUCCAUCAUUUUAUUCCCAUAUAUCAUUUGCUCUUUGAUUAUUUAUUGACAUAAAAAAAAAAAAAAAGAAAAGUUGUUUGUUUGAGAGAGAGAGAGACAUUCACAUGCCCACCUCAAAUCACAAUUGAAAUUUCAUUGCAUUCUUAAAAUUUCAUUUUUUUAAAGAAAAAAAAAAUUAGUGGGCUGCCAUGGAUUUGUAUUAGUUAAAACAACAUAAAUUCCAGUUUGAUAGAAAAAGGAAGGUGGGAAGAAAGGUGUGUGGUAUCUAGAGAAAUUUAAAUGACAUAAUACCCUACAUGUGGGUGUGGUUUGGGGACAAAGCAAAGAAAGCUUACAAAUCAUUCACAUGGUCUGACAUGAUCUCCUUCCCCCUUUUCCUCAAUUUUCUUUUCACACCUUCCUUUCUUUAUGAUAAAUAUUUAAAUCUAAUAUACACAUAAUUAUAUUAUAAAAAAUAUUUAUUUACAUUUUAAAUUCAUGGUAAUUUACGUCUACGUACUAAAAUAUAGUUUAAUAAUAAGUGCAUUUAAAUAAAUUUGAGAGAUUUUAAAUUUUACUCUAUCAAUUCUCAUUUAAAAAAAAAUUCAUGAUAAAUCAAAUUUAGAAAAUAAUGGACUGAACCAACAUUAAAACUUCAUAAUCAAAAAAGGUUAUUUAUGCAUGGCCAUCAAAAUAUCCCAACUCCCACUCAGUUUUAACAGUUUCAACAAUAUUUCAACUAAGUACAUAGACAAUUAGACAUGAUCAUGAGAUAAAAGGAUGAUGACCCAUUUGACUUUAUGGAUCAAAGGGUUUACUAGAGUGGACUAAUAGAUCAAACGGACAGGAAAAAUGGGUGUAGGAAAGUGUAUGAGUUGGUAGCUACAUGGGAAUGUUCCUCAAAGAGAUUUAUUUAUUUAUUUUGAGAAUAUAAUAAGGUAGCCACCACUAAAGAGAAGGUCACUAGGGCACGUGGUGACUGAUUCCUCUAGUUAUUAAACUACUGGCGACUUUCCAGUAAUACCGUUGAGACCCAACCUUCUAACAGCUGUACAUAGCUGUCCAAUCCCUCCCCAUGUGACCCCACUCCCACAUUCUUACGAAGAUUAAGCUCCAAGAUUUAAUGGCUUCUAACAAAAUAAACUCUGCAUCACCUUCUUGUUCUUGUCUCAAUUGUACUGUUCUUCUUUCAUGCCCAACACAUUUUGUUGUAGGAGUUCUGAUUUGGGUUUCUGCAGUUUGCUUGUUUUCAUGCUCUUGCUUGCCAAUGGAAUAUAUAAGAAUCAAGCUUUAGUCUUUGUUCUCCUGUGGGGAUUCAAUUCAAUAGUUUUUUAGAAGCUUUGUUGAAGAAUUUUUGUGCCAUUUAGAGUGUUUGUAGAUUAUAUACUCUACUAAAUGGCACAAUUGCCUCCGAAAAUCCCAAACAUGCAGCCAACUUGGCCUGAUUUCUCCCACCAGAAGACCAUGCCACCUUCUAUUAAUAAAGCUGCUUCUCCCACCGCCGCCACCGGCCAAAACCCUUCGUGGGUUGACGAAUUCCUCGACUUCUCGUUGGCGAGACGUGGGACUCACAGGCGGUCAGUAAGUGACUCCAUUGCCUUCCUGGAGCCACCAUUGCUUGAAGAAUGUCGUGGCACGUCGGGUGCAGUAGUGGCACCUCAGCAUCAACACCGUCAUAGUGCUGGACAUAACAAUAGCAGCAGCUGCGACUUUGAUAAAUUUGACGAUGAACAAUUCAUGUCUAUGUUCAAUGAUGAUAUCUCCAAUGCGGUGGCCGCUCCAUCUUGCUCGAACCCAUCAACGCCAUCGGAUCAUAACAGUAUUAAUGAUGAGAAAGAUACAACCGCGCCGUCGUCCGAUCAAAAUACUAAACAGAACAAGAUAAGAAAUGAACCCGAUGAGGUGCAAAGCCAAUGCCAACAAGAGAAUCAAACUCCACCAAGCGCAACCGAUACCAAUUCUUCUGAUCGGAUUGUUGAUCCCAAGAGGGUCAAAAGAAUCUUGGCAAACAGGCAAUCUGCGCAGAGGUCAAGAGUGAGGAAGCUGCAAUAUAUUUCUGAGCUUGAACGAAGUGUAACCUCAUUGCAAGCUGAGGUCUCAGUGCUGUCACCAAGAGUUGCAUUUCUAGACCAUCAACGCUUGCUGCUUAAUGUUGAUAAUAGUGCUCUUAAGCAAAGAAUUGCUGCUUUAGCCCAAGACAAGAUCUUCAAAGAUGUGGAUUUUGAAACAAAUCCAGCUCAUCAAGAAGCACUGAAGAGAGAAAUAGAGAGACUGAGGCAAGUUUAUCACCAACAAAAUCUCAAGAAGAUGGAAAAUUCAGCAACUGAUCCCACUACUGCUCCUGAGAAAGAACAGCUUCUUCUGCAAGUUUAACUCAUUUUUACAGUGAGUUCUUUCAAGAAUGGUAAUUAAUAAACUCUCAUUAUUAUCAAGAAUCUGGUAGGAAAAAAAAAAAGGAUUCAUGCAGAAGAGAUUGGUGAUCUCUGUGUUCUCCUGUGCAUUCACGUGAUGUGUUCACAUCAGAUUGGGGACCACUCAACCUUGCAUAAUUGAUUGCAGGGAAGAUCAUGUGCAGCUGUGAUUAAAAAUUAAUUAAGAGAGAAAAGGAAAGAAAAUAAAAGAAAAGAAAAGAAAAUUGUCUGCUUUAACUGUUUAGGAGGAGAGGGUGUGGCUGCUGAUUCUUUAAUCUGAUUUAUAUUCUUUUUUUUUAUAAGUGAUGUUGGGAAGUGGUUGUCAGUCAUUAGCUGGGAAGUGUUUGAUGUCAGAUUGUUUAUGCUUUUUUUAGUGCUUGAUCUCUUUGUUGUAAUAAUUUAUUUUUCUUUUUUUAAAAUUAUUUCCCCAACCAAAAAAUGACAAAAAAGAAAGUGUAAAUAUCCAUUUCUAAUUGUAUAUAUAUGAAAAUUUUGGGUUACUA